CCUCUCAGUCACGUCCCCAUCAUAAAGGAAUCAUAUCCUGCAGACAGAUCAGCCCGAUCUGACAGACACAGAAAACACGGCCGAGAACAAUCAGGUUUGCCCCCCAUCGAGGACCCACGAAGCCCCAUCCCCAUCCUGUCAACCCACGUGUAUCGAGCACUGGUACUGGCAUCUCCACAACCCCGGCCAAAAUCUCAACCACAAACCCCCAACAAGCCAGCUGCAAUAUGGAGGCCCAGACCACACCCCGUAUCACUGCGCCCUACCUCGACUCGUUCCAGGGCCGCAAUGUCAUGAUCGUCGGCCGCGUCGUCCAGCUUCGAGGAGAGACCGCAGUCAUCGACGCUGACGGUAACAUCACCGCCCACCUGCAUCGCGAAGCCCACCUUUCCAACGGAAAUGCGGUCCAGAUCAUCGGCAAGGUCAACCCAGACCUGUCUGUCAAGGUUUUAAGCUCACUAGACAUGGGCACUGGUGUCGACUUCAACAUCUACCAUCACGUCGUGGAGGCCACCCAGAAGCACCCGCAGCUCUUUGGCUCCCACUGACGUCCCACCACCACCGUCAGCAGUAGCAGCAACAGCAGCAGUCAAGGGCUCGUCUCGCUCGGGCCCUCCGAUUCCGUGUCCCAAUGUCAGCGUCACCAGCCCCGGGGCUGGAGCGGGGGGGUGAUCAACGACGAGUAUGGUGGAGCCACCAGCCUGGAGCACGGCCUGAGCAGGCUUGAUCUCGGCCGAGACGCGGAGGACCCGCUGCCACUGCCCACAUUGCCACAUGAAAUAAUAGCCCGUUCCGGGCCAGACGAUGAUAUGUUUUCAACCACCGGGGACCGGCCUCGCAGGAACCCCAUUAGCACCAAGCGGAUACCAACGACAAGGGAGCCCGCACCACCGGCAGGAGUCAGCACCAGGCUUACUGGGACGUGGUAACUGGGCCGUCAGCGGAGCUCCUGGGGUCCAUCUUGGGCGGCGUUGCGAGGCAGACCGGCGGCGGGAGGACAUACGCCCUCCUGGUCAUGGACAGCUCUGGGCGCUGGCGUGUUGCUCGUACUGCGGACGCGGACGAGAUUCUCCCCGGUGAUGAGAGAUAGUGCCGUGGCUUUUCAGCAAGACAUUUCUGUUGCCCUGUGAGCUGUUGGCCUUGUUUGGAAUGGCAUAGUGUGUUUGUAAAACAAAAGUGGUUACUCUUACACGGCGCGUCUGAAGCCUCCCUCCCCAACAAGCCCAAAGCCGCCCCGUCACGUAUAUGUGGCCAGUAAAGCCAGCCCCUAUCAGACCCAAAAGUCUCGGGGUGGUAGAAUGACGGCAUUAAGAACAACUUGCUCGUCCGCUGCAUCCUCUCAAUCGGUUUUAAGAUGUUCCCUCGUUCUCUCUCUAACUGGGGUUGAGAUGGUUAUCGCUUUUCGGUAGUCUUGAGGUCGCACGGGAUCUUUGCCCAACAGAGGACCCCGUGCAGACUGAAGAUCUAGAUCAGGAGCCAGGGUGAUCAUAAAAUUGACAAGCUCCCAGUUACCGUCUUUUGCAACGACGGGAGUCGACAUCGACGGC